UGAGGUGGAUUGGGUUACAUGAGAGACAUUCAUACGCCACUGUCGCAAAGUUUCAGGUGGAACAACAUUCACUUCAGAGCAGAGACACUGACCACGUUUCCACCGUCUCAGAAAGUGACCCACACUGACAAUCUGAAGAUGGUGAUUCUCGAUGUGUUAAUAAUAGGGGCCGGCCCUCAUGCCUUGACCCUGGCCAGCUUGCUAUUAAAUCCUGAAAGUGGUCCAAACUCAGAUCCUGGUCCUGACCUCCCCUCCUGCUGCUCGGACCCUCUGAGGCCUCAAACAAACCCCCAAACGUCCAACAACAAGCGUUGCAGCGGCAAGAAAAGGAGGAGGAACACAACUGUCUGUGCAGGCCUGACACUGGAGGAGCAACUAGCAAAGACAACCAUAUCAGAGAAUGCCGUUUGUCCCCCGCUGAGUGUGCGAGUGGUCGAUUCCUACGGUGUGUGGACGAAUCUGUGGGAGAGCCAGUUCACAGCUCUGAACAUCCCUCACCUGCGCUCACACACUCUGGUGCACACAGAGCCUCACAACAAGAAGGCGCUGCAGGAGUAUGUUUUAAAGUCAGAUCGAUCAUCAGAGCUUCACAGUCUGCCCGACCAGCUCUACAUCCUGGACGAAAACGCAUUUUUCAACGACAUGAGGCUCGGCAAAAAGGAAAAGAAACGUCUUAACAUCACCUCAACACUGAAGAAGAGUUUAUCCUUCAGUCUGCCAGGAACCAAACUGAGUGUGGAUUUCUUUAAGGAUCAGGUGGAGAGAUACAACUUGGACAAAGUGUUGGUGAAGGGAACAGUGGAGCGCAUCACACCUGUAACUGAAGAGAAGACGGAUAAAGAAGAAGAAAACAACUGGAUACAAGAGCAGGACACAGAGGAAGAGGCCAUGACAGGGACUGAACGGAAAGGAGAUCGGACGAGGAAGAGAGUAGAAUAUUUUCUAGUCCAACUUCAAGAAGGAGUUGUCUUGAAGGCUCGCAAAGUAGUUGUGGCGACAGGUCCAACCCGUGCCCAGAUGGCCAACGUCCCUUCAUGGGUGACAAACAUUGGAGAGAGCUACCCAGAGGAGAGACUGCAACACACAGUGCACCUCAUGCAUCACCUGGCAGCUUCUCAACAAAAACAAAAAGACGCAGACUGUCAGAGACCAGAAGAGGCCUUUCCCCCUCAAGAUCUGUGUGCAGUGUGUGAAACAGGUCAGAGAGUAAUGGUAGUUGGAGGAGGUCUGACCAGCGCUCAUGUCGUCUCCCUUGCUCUGCAGCAGGGUGCCAGCCAUGUGACAUGGGUCAUGAGGAAGCACCUGCAGUUAAAGCAGUUUGACGUGGGCGAUGUGGAGAGUCUGGUGGGCCGUUACUCCCACGUGGAGCACGGCAUUAAGAUGGACGGUCAGGCCUAUCUGCGACAGUUCUACAAUGAAAGGAGUCUCCACAAACGGCUGGCUAUGAUCCGCCAGGCGAGGAAAGGAGGAGCCGUCACCCCAGAGGCCUACGUCCACCUACAACCGUUUAUCUUGAGUGGACAGGUGGACGUGAAGACAUACUGUCAGGUGAGUGAAGCCAGCUGGUGCUACAGGAGUCAGGCAUGGAGUCUCUCUCUCUGCAAUGGGGACCACUGGACUGGAAACAUGAUCUGGCUUGCCACCGGCUGCAAACUUGAUGUGAAACAGGACCCGCUGCUUUCCGAGGUGAUGAAGGAAUUCCCCAUUCAGGUGAUUGAUGGUUGGCCGUGCAUAUCAGAGAGCUUGCGGUGGGCAAAGGAUUGUCCUCUCUACCUAAUGGGGCAGUACACCGCUCUGCAGGUUGGACCUCAUGCAGUAAACCUGGCCGGUGGACAGGCUGCCAGCAAGCGGAUAGCAAAAGACAUCAUGUGUCUUCAACAGCAGGAGGAUUCAGACACUUUUGAAUUGAGUGGAGAGAAAUCAAAAACUGAGGAAUAUAUUCAACAGAUGCAAGGCCUGUUAUGGCUUUAACAAUAGAGUCUAAAACAUGUACCGAGUGUGGGCAGCCAUCUGUUUUUGACGAUCAAAUAUUGCCUUGUGUUAAUAAAAUGCACUGAUAUGAUG